AUGGCUGCCUCGAUACCCCGCUCACGCUGUCUCUUCGCUGCACCUGCACGCCAGGGUCCUACUCUACGCGCAGCAUCACGAUGCGCCCGAACUUUUGCCACGACCUCAGACAACCCCCCAGCAGCGCCGACGUCGUCGAAGUCGCAGAGGGCGCCGACAUCGUUCAGCGACACUCUCAAUUCGGGUCCCUCUUUCAACGACUUCGUCAAUCCCAACGCGCCAUUAUCAUCCGCCGAGGCAUAUGAGAUCAAGACUGCAACGGUUGGCCCUGAGGGCCGCAAGAAGACCAUCACCCGCUUGCCCGAAUGGCUCAAGACGCCGAUCCCCGUGAACCAGAACUACAAGAAGAUCAAGAAGGAUCUCCGUGGCCUGAAUCUCCACACCGUCUGCGAGGAAGCGAAAUGCCCCAACAUUUCCGACUGCUGGGGAGGUAGCGACAAGAGCGCGGCGACAGCAACCAUCAUGUUGAUGGGUGACACCUGCACACGUGGAUGCCGUUUCUGCUCUGUCAAGACGUCGAAAGCUCCUCCGCCGCUGGACCCUCACGAGCCGGAGAACACCGCUGAGGCGCUGAAACGAUGGGGCCUGGGCUAUGUGGUCCUGACAUCUGUAGAUCGUGACGAUCUUGCCGAUGGCGGAGCGCGACAUUUCGCUGAGACAAUCAUGAAGAUCAAGCAAAAGGCGCCUGCAAUGCUUGUCGAGGCAUUGACGGGUGACUAUGCCGGAGACUUGGACAUGGUCAAGAAGGUGGCUCUGAGCGGGCUCGACGUCUACGCCCACAAUGUCGAAACCACAGAGGCCCUCACACCUUUUGUUCGCGACAGGAGGGCCAAGUUCAGGCAGUCGCUCGACGUGUUGCGCACUGCGAAGGAGGCACAGCCGGCGCUCAUCACCAAGACAAGUAUCAUGCUGGGUCUAGGCGAGACCGAAGAGCAACUCUGGGCGACUCUGAGAGAACUUCGCAAGAACAACGUCGACGUCGUCACCUUCGGCCAGUACAUGCGACCAACGAAGCGCCACAUGGCCGUUCACGAAUACGUUACACCCGACAAGUUCGAGCUGUGGCGGCAGCGAGCUCUUGACCUGGGCUUCCUGUACUGCGCAUCCGGCCCGCUCGUACGAUCUAGCUACAAGGCAGGAGAGGCUUUCAUCGAGAACGUGCUGAAGAAGAGGAGGCUAGGAGGUACAGGCAACGGCGAGGCUCCUGCAACUCAGGCGACCGAGAGCCAGACAUUGUGA